AUGGCUUGGCUGAGCAACCAAAGAGACUCUUCCUCUUCCUCUUCCUCUUCCUUGUCCUCUUCUUUUACCCCGAACCGGUGGAGUUACGAUGUGUUCUUGAGUUUUAGAGGCGAAGAUACACGUGACAACUUCACCGGCCAUUUGUACACUGCUUUGUGCCGAAGGGGUCUUAACACCUUCAUAGAUGAUGAGCUUAGAAGAGGAGAAGAAGUUGCACCAACACUUUUCAAAACAAUCCAAGAGUCGAUGACUUCCAUCGUUGUGUUCUCUGAAAACUAUGCAUCGUCCAAGUGGUGCUUGGACGAGCUGGUGUGCAUCCUUGAUUGUAAAGAAUCUAAAAACCAAAUUGUUUGGCCUAUUUUUCACAAAGUGGCUCCUUCGGACGUACGAAAUCAGAGAGGCAGUUUUGGUGAGGCGUUGAGUGGACAUGAAGCAAACUUCAGAAUGGAUCGUGUCGAAAAAUGGAAGGCAGCUCUUACUCAAGCAGCAAAUCUCUCGGGAUGGCAUUUCACGGAAGGGCAUGAAUCUAAUUUUAUCCACAACAUCGUUGAAGAGAUCUCACUUCGAACAUCAAACCGUACAUACUUGAAAGUUGCAAAGUAUCCAGUAGGUUUAGAAUCUCGCGUACUGGACAUGGAUAAGCUUCUGUGCGUUGGGAAAACUGAUGUUCGAAUGGUUGGGAUAUGGGGAAUCGGUGGAAUAGGCAAGACAACGAUCGCAAAAGCCGUUUAUGGAUCUAUUGCCCAUAAAUUCGAAGGCCAAUGUUUUUUGGCAAAUGUGAGAGAAAUGUCAUCGAUGCCAAAUGGCUUGGUCCAAUUGCAAAACAAUCUUCUUUCUGAGAUUUUGGGGGGUAGUACAAAAUUCAUGGUGACUAGUUGUCAUCAAGGAGCUAAUGUGAUAGAGAAGAGACUUCACAACAAGAGGGUUCUUUUGGUUCUUGAUGACGUGGAUCAUCGAGACCAAUUGGAUAACUUAGCAGGAGGACCUGAUUGGUUUGGUCCAGGUAGCAGAAUUAUCGUAACAACAAGAGACAAACACUUGUUAACUGCUCAUGGAGUUACUUCAACAUACAAGGCCAAGGAACUAGAUUUUCAUGAGUCUUCUGAGCUUUUCAGUUGGAAUUCCUUUAAGAGAGACAACCCUCCAAAUGAUUACGUGAAGCUUGUUGGGCGUGCUGUAUGCUACACAAAAGGCCUUCCGUUAGCUUUGACGGUGUUAGGUUCUCAUCUUUGUGGCAGAAGCAUAGAAGAGUGGAAAGAUGCAUUAGACAGUUACGAAUUAAUUCCUAACAAAGAAAUCCAAGAAAUACUCAAGAUUAGUUUUAAUGGAUUAGAGCAUUUUCAGAAGGAGGUUUUCCUUGACAUUGCAUGUUUUUUCAAAGGAGAAAAGAAAGAUGAUAUCGUGGAUAUACUGAGAAGUUGUGACUUGUUCCCAGUAAUUAGCAUUCGAGUACUCAUAGAUAAGUCUCUCUUAGCUAUCAAUGAGCACAAUAUGUUAUCCAUGCAUGACUUACUUGAAGAUAUGGGCAAGGAAAUUGUCCGUGAAGAAUCGCCUAAUGAACCAGGUGAACGCAGUCGGUUGUGGUUUCACAAGGACGGAACGAGUAGAGUUCGAGGCAUAAUGAUAAACAUGCCUGAGAAGAAUGAGAUAUGCUUAAGUGCUGAAGCCUUUUCAAGGAUGAAAAAUCUCAGAUAUUUAAUAAAUCUGAAUGCAAGACUUAUUGGAAACAUUGAUCUGCCAAACGAGUUAAGAUUGCUAAAUUGGUACAAAUAUCCUUUACAAUCCCUACCGUCCAAUUUUCAACCAGAGAAACUCGUUGCCUUAAAGAUGCCUUCAAGCAACAUAUCGCGGUUCGGGAAGGGCUCCACGAAACUGGGAACAUUGAAAUCUAUGGACUUCUCUGGGUGUGAAAUGCUAGAAGAAAUACCCGACUUCACAGGAUUCCCAAACUUGGAGAAAUUGUUUCUUAGAGAAUGUAGCGGUUUAGUUGGGAUUCAUGAGUCUGUUGGAUAUCUUGAAAAGCUUGUGACUCUGACUCUGCAAAACUGCUCAAACCUUACAAGGUUUCCAACAAAACUUCGCUUGAAAUCACUCAAACUGCUUAACAUGAAAGGUUGCAGAAUGCUGGAGAGUUUCCCAGAAAUUGAAGCCGGGACAAUGGUCUUAGAGAACAUUAAUUUAGAGUGCUGUGAAAACCUCAGAAAUCUUCCAAGAAGCAUUUAUGAGUUGAAACAUCUUCAGGAACUUGAGGUUAGAGGCUGCCCCAAACUUAUAUCCUUUCCCAUGAAGGAGAACUCUGAAAACCCAUCAAGAGUUUCUCAUGAGAGUCAUAGCUCAUUGGUGUUUCCAAAGCUAAGGUUUCUUCGAGUUGGAGACUGCAACUUAUCAGAGUGUGAUUUCCUUAUGCCAUUCAAUUGUGUGUCCACAUUGACUUUUCUAGAUUUAUCUGGAAGCAGUUUUGUUUGCCUUCCUAAAGGGAUCAACAUGUUUGUUAGCUUGGAGUGGCUUAUAUUGCGUGAUUGCAAGAAGCUUCAAGAAAUUCCUCAGCUUUCUCCAUGCAUAAAAGGAAUAAACACAGGUGGCUGCAAAUCUUUGGAAAGAUUUUCAAAACUUUCGAACAUUUUGGAACACAACUCACAGGGUUCUCUUCAGUAUAGCGACUUGUCUAACUGCCACAAACUACUCAAGAGUCUUGACUUUGAUGUGGAAAAGAUGGCAUCCAUGUUACUUAGCCAUUCUCAAACUCACCAGCAGCACGUACCUUCGAAAGGCGAGUGCUAUGAGUUCAGCAUUAUACUUCCCGGAAACGACAUUCCAAAGUGGUUCGGCCACCGGAAACAGCCAGUUGAUCCUAAUUAUUAUGACUUCAACAUUAAAUUUCCCCCAAAUUUCACUGGGAAGAACACAAGAUUGGCUUUUUCCGCUGCUUUCGGAACCAUAGAUUACACUCUCCCUUACGAUUAUGACGAUUAUGAGAGAUAUGGAUUUCAUGUCAGAGUCUUCAUCAAUGGUGAUGAAAUAUUUUCAUUUCAUGAACACAUUAUAUCUCCAGGGUCAGAUCAUGUGUGGCUGCAAUAUAUUUCAUUAUCUAAUAUGAGGCACUGGAAGCGUUACUGGAAUGAAGAGGAUAUCAUGUACAAGUGUGAAGUUAGAUUUCUUCCCUCCGAACCAAUAUCAUUGAAAGCAUGUGGUGUCCAACUAGUAUACCUCGGCCAUGGUGAUGAUGUUGAGAACUUGGGCGUCACAAUUGAGGAGAUUAUUGAUAAGAAUGAUAAUCCUAUCUAAUUUGAAAAAGACAAGAACA